UGGAGUCCAGCAGAGGGCAGUAGAGAGCCUGGGUGCUGCAGAAGCCACCCGAAAAACAAAGAGAGAAAGAAGAAGAAGAAGUAACCAUCCUCAUUUAAACCCACGUGAACACGUGUUCCGGACGGGUUCGGUUCUCGUUCGGGUCUGGCCUGCAGCAGACCGGCGCGUGCUCUCGGAGGACGCAGGGGGGAGGGGUCAGCCGCGUGUGUUCAGGAGGAGCUCCACCAUGAGGGUCCCCAUCCACCAUCUGCAGAAGCUCACCAUCUUCACCACCAUUCUGACGGGUGGGGGCGUCGGUACCAUGUACUACCUGAUGCAGAAAAACUUUGCCGGGUGUGAAUACCACCGACUUGCUGUGCGGCAGCUGGAGGCGUGUCCUGUUGCCAUGGAGAGCCUUGGAGCCCCGCCCUUACGAGUUCAUAACAUCCACCUGACUGACAGAUACAACCGUGUGGACCAUCAGGCAGCGCAGAUUAAGAUUCCUGUCACUGGGUCAAAGACUGGAGGUUAUCUGUACACAUGUUCAGUCAGAGAGCCACAGACUAACACGUGGAGAUUGAAACAAGCUGAGCUUCACCUUCGGGAAGGUUCAGUCAUUGACCUGCUGAAGACUCCUCCAGCGACGCAUAUGCAGCCUGAAGACGCUACAUUAGAGGAAGACAUGGACAAAUGGGCCUGAAGGGAAACCAGAACUCCAGACAACCAGCUGGUACAGAUGUCAGUGUUCAUGGUCUUUGGUUUUUCUGUAACUUUUCAAUCGUUAUCACGAUAAUUCCAGUAGAUUGUGAAGGAGAAAAGUGAAAAGUUACAAUAUGUUAAAGAUUUUGUGUUUAAGUGUCUGCGGCGACCCCUCAGGUA